GGCUGUGUGAAAUGUGAAACGUUCCGCUAAUACCGUGCGCUCUAACAGUUAGGAAAGAAGAAGCUCAAGGCCAUUUCUCGCGCUCUGCGCAAUGUAGACCAAACCCCGCGAACGCUUCGAAAGAGAGGACCCAACCCUUUCACCCCGUCGCCCAACACCUCAGCUCCCACGUAUUCCUUCUUGAACCGGCCACACUUAGGACGGCAUACCAUAGGUGAUGGCGGUGCGCAGGACUUGCGGCAUACUGUGCUCUCCAGGGAUACCGGUUCGAGCAGGCGAUCAAGAGAAGAUGGCGAUGGGCCUGUCACUCCUCCGCGUGACAUUCCAGGCCCGAGUGAUGCGCGUGAUGCGCUACUCAAGAGGAACGAGGAUGGACAGAUGCCGCACUUGACAAGAUAUGGGAGUAUCCUCGCCUCACCACCUAAAAGGUCGUCGAGGGGAAGCUUGCCUACUCUCGAACUGCCAGAGCCGGCUGUGGGGCCCGAAAAUGCAAAGCCCACGUCUCGACAGGCUACAAAAGACACCCUGACGACGUCCCCGCCAUCAGUCAAGCACCCCCAUUUUGAAGCAUCACCUAAAUCCGGCAAUGCCUUCGAAGUGGGGAAGACAACCUCGCCUACUCCUCCGCGUAGGAGUAUACUGCCAUCCAAAUACAGAAGCAUUUUUCAGCCGAAACGGGUCAACUCCAUGCCGGACGCUGAGGGAACUCGCCCUUCCCUCAAAAGAAUGCUGUCGGUAGGAUCUGGUGGGUUACCGCAGACUUUAGCAGAGACAGAUGUUCCUCUUGAAGCCUAUCGGGAGGUGGAUGUUAGGCAAUCCGAUUUCUUUAAUUUUCUCGACCAACAGCUGGCAAAGAUUGAAGAGUUUUAUAAAGAAAGGGAAGAUGAAUCCACCAAGCGGCUCAACGUCUUGCGGGAGCAGCUCCACAUAAUGCGAGAUCGUCGUCUAGACGAGAUUAUUUCGCAGUCAUCGAAACUGAAGUCGAAGCAUCGGAAAGCUAUCGAGAAUGGCCUACUUGAGGACGUACUCGAGGAAGAAACUCCAGAAGCAAAUGGAAGCAAAUCAUGGCUGAAGCCUCUCGACGAAGCUUUGGAAGCGGCAAAGAAACUCCCGGAUGCUGCCAGAGGAUUUGCGAGACACAGGAAUGCCGGAAAAAACAGUAAGGCCAUGCAAGAACUUGGAACUCCGAGCGGGCCCGUCCCGUAUGACCAAAACCGCGACUAUGUUCGUCGACCGGAUCCCUCAACCGUUCCGUAUCGAACCGCCAAGCGCAAGCUCAAGGUCGCCUUGCAGGAGUACUACCGUGGUCUGGAACUUCUCAAGUCAUAUGCCCUGUUGAACCGCACUGCAUUUCGCAAAAUCAACAAGAAAUACGACAAAACCGUCAAUGCUAGGCCGACUAUGCGUUAUAUGAGCGAGAAAGUGAACAGCGCUUGGUUCGUUCAGAGUGACGUUAUCGACGGUCACAUCCGCACUGUUGAAGAUCUCUACGCGAGAUAUUUUGAGCGGGGCAACCACAAGAUCGCUGUUGGAAAGUUAAGGGUGAAGUCUGCCAGGGCUGGAGACUUUACCGGGUCCACAUUCCGUAAUGGAUUGAUGGUCGCUACCGGCGUAGUCUUUGGCGUGGAAGGACUAGUCUACUCUUCAAAAUACCUCUUGGGGGAUGAUCCUACAAUGGCAAUAGGGACAAGUUAUUUGUUGCAGAUAUACGGCGGCUACUUCCUUAUGCUGCUACUCUUUCUCUUGUUUUGCUUGGAUUGUCGAAUUUGGGCCUCUCAGAAGAUCAACUACGGCUUUGUCUUUGAGUUUGAUACCCGCACCCAACUCGAUUGGAGGCAGUUGGCAGAACUUCCAUGUUUCUUCCUCCUGCUCGAAGGGUUGUUUGUGUGGCUCAACUUCAGUCACUUUGGCGGUGAUGCCAUGUACAUAUACUAUCCGGUUCUCCUAAUCGGCAUCACAGUCAUCUUAAUUUUUCUGCCAUUACCGCUUCUGUACCACCGCAGUCGCCGGUGGUUUUUGUAUUCGAAUGUACGUUCUAGAAGACUCCCGUCAAGUUUAACUGCUAACAUUCCACAGUGGCGUCUUUUACUAGCCGGUCUAUACCCAGUCGAGUUCCGCGAUUUCUUUCUUGGCGAUAUGUUCUGUUCUCUAACGUAUGCCAUGGGUAAUAUCGAGUUGUUCUUCUGUCUUUAUUCUCGGAAUUGGGACGACCCUGUCCAAUGCAAUUCUUCGCAUUCUCGGGUUUUGGGCUUCCUAUCUUGCCUGCCAGGCAUUUGGCGUGCCUUACAGUGCCUGCGACGUUACUAUGAUACGCGCAACUUCUUCCCUCAUCUCGUCAACUGCGGCAAGUACACGUGGACGAUCCUUUACUACAUGAGUCUAAGCUUGUACCGCCUGGACAAAACGUGGAAGCUGAGGGCCUUUUUCAUCUUUUGUGCCACUGUGAAUGCAAUUUAUUGCAGCAUUUGGGACCUUGUAAUGGAUUGGAGCUUGAUGAACCCUUACGCAAACAGGCCUUUUUUGCGUGAUUCUCUCGGCUAUAAACAAGUCUGGAUGUAUUACGCUGCUAUCAUCCUCGACCCCAUCCUGCGGUUCAACUGGAUAUUCUAUGCUAUCUAUGCGAACGACGUCCAGCACUCCGCCAUUCUGUCAUUCAUCGUCUCGUUAUCCGAGAUCCUCCGCCGUGCCAUGUGGACGCUCUUCCGCGUUGAAAACGAGCAUUGCACCAACGUCGGUCGCUUCCGUGCGUCGCGUGACAUUCCACUGCCCUACGAUGUGCCUGCGUCUUCGACUGAAAUUUCAGAAGAACCGGACGCACAGCGCACGUCUGGUGAUGCUCGGCCACACACACCAGUUUCGCCUGGUCACACAACGGGUGCCGACCUUGAGCGACAACGCACGCACGAGUCAACCCUUUCACGGCGUAGAACCUUUGCACCCCCUACGCCAUCUAUGCGCGGCAUCUCGCGAGUGGGGGCACUGCUGCACGGAGCACACGCACAGGAUUUCGAGCGGAAGAGGAAGCCGGAACUGGGCGAAGCUCCUGCACAGGACGAUGAUGACGAAGACGAAGAGGAUGUGGGAAGCGGCGAGGAGGACGGGAAAGGGUGGAAGAAGGGGCAUCCGAUAGAUGCACAAGCUGCGGAGGACAUGGCCAGGGCGGAGGGGCUUCUUGAUGAAGCAGGAGGCGUAGGCGUAGAAGCUGGACGGAGUUAAUUGAGAUACUGCGCCGGUAUCAUACGAAGCCACUGGGCUCAUCGGGGAGACAUCUUGCUCUCUAGACAAACUAGAUUGUUGUCCGCAUCAAAGGCCAAUGAUCUCAUAAUUGAAAAACCCAGUUUUUCGUAUCUCAAUAGACUAAAGAUGAGCACCCUGCCUUUCCGGAGAAUCAAUAACCACGUUCCACGUAAACCCUGACAACCAGACCCAUUGUCGCCGCUUUAGAGACAAAUAGGAGUGGUGUUCACCCCCAUACGGACCAUUUCAGGACUAGCGUCAGGGCAUGCCAAAAACGGC